AUGCCUGACAUCCCCAAGUACAGUGGGACAACCGAUCCUAAUAAACACAUCACUUCGUACACAUGCGGAAUAAAGGGAAAUGACCUAGAAGAUGAUGAGAUUGAAUCCGUUUUGCUGAAAAAAUUUAGGGAAACUUUAUCAAAGAGGGAAAUGAUAUGGUACCACAGUUUACCGCCCAAUUCCAUCGAUUCUUUCACCAUGCUCGAUGAUUCGUUCGUAAAGGUGCACGCCGGAGCAAUAAAGGUCGCGACUAGAAAGUUGAACCUCUUCAAAGUGAGACAAAAGGACAAUGAAAUGGCUUUGAACGAGCGAAGUUCGAUAGCAUCACGUCAACUAAAGCAGAAUUUGAUUCAAUAUCCAGCGGUGACCUGGGCCGAUAUGCUUAAUCGAUACCAAUCGAAGAUCAGAGUCAAGGAUGAUCAGUUGGGAGCUCUAUCCGGUUCCAUUUACCCAAACAGGUCCGAAGGUAGGAUUCAACGGGACAUCGACAAAGAGCAUCGAUCAAAUAGAGAUAGAUACCAACCGUAUAGCGCAAAUCAAAAGAACAACGGACCAGGACAUAAUCCCAUUCGAAAUGAUCGAGGUCGAAAUUCCCAAGGGCUUAUGAGUAAGAAUGGCUUAGAUAAACACGUUGUGUCUAAGGAAGCACCACGGUUAUCAGAAUACAACUUCAGCAUCGAUGCUUCAGGUAUUGUGUCGGCCAUUGGACGAAUCAAAGAUACUAGGUGGCCCCGACCCAUGCAAAUCAAUCCAGCUCAAAGGAAUCCGAAUCAAAUGUGCAAGUACCAUGGAACCCAUGGUCACAGAACCGAGGACUGCAGACAACUAAUGAAGGAGCUAGCUUGUUUAUUCAACGAGGGUCAUCUUCGAGAGUUCUUGAGUGACCGAGCAAAAAAUCACUUCAGAGAUAGGGAUGCAAACAGGCAAAAAUGA